UUUUGUUUAUUUAGGUUAGUAUUUAAUUUAGGUUAUGUCGCUACUUUUAUUUUGUUAGCUGUUACCUGUUACCUACUUGUUUGAGUAUAAGAAGCAGAAGCAAUUGCAAUUGAAGUUAUUAUUUCGACUUGUCGGUCUUUCCAGCCAUUUGAUUUAUACUAUUUUCUAAGGGCAGAUUGUUUAAGUAGGCCUACAAAUUUUACUGAUCAACAUGACCGAACAUUCAUUAAUAAGAUUAGCCUCUCAAAGAGUCAACAGCAUUGUUACAAGUGAUGAUAGUGCACCCAGUUUCUUUACUCCUGGACAGAAGAUUAUUAACCAGAGUGGCUUUAUGAGAGGUCAUGGUACAUACGUCGAAGGAGAGGACUUAAAAGCUUCUGUUGCUGGUGUUGUCGAACGAGUAAAUAAACUUAUUCUUGUUCGUCCAUUGAAGACUAGAUACAAUGGUGAAGUUGGAGACGUAGUUGUUGGACGCAUUACAGAGUUGCAACAGAAACGUUGGAAAGUUGAUACAUGUUCUCGCCUGGACUCUGUUCUUCUUCUCUAUUCUGUCAACUUACCAGGAGGUGAACUUAGAAGACGUUCAUCAGAAGAUGAGCAGAUGAUGCGCAAGUAUUUGUGUGAAGGGGAUCUCAUCAGUGCCGAGGUUCAAAGUAUCUUCUCCGACGGCUCACUGUCUCUACACACUCGUAGUCUUAAGUAUGGCAAGCUCUCUCAAGGAGUUUUAGUCAAAGUGUUCCCGGGACUGAUAAAGAGAAGAAAAACACAUUUCCACAAGUUGCCGUGUGGGGCGAGUGUUAUCCUAGGUAACAACGGCUACAUCUGGGUCUGCCCCACCACGACUGACGAGCAAGGCACGGGUGGCUUUAUUCAGAACCUAGAUCAGCCAGUUCCGAGAGCAGAUAGGGAAGUGAUUGCCAGACUUCGAAACUGCAUUCUGGCCCUUGCUGCCAGCAAAAUGCUUUUGUUCGAUACCAGCAUCUGCUAUGCUUAUGAACAGUCUCUUAAAUACGAGGUGGCCGAACUUCUCGUUCCUGAACACAUGUUUGAUGUCGCUGUUCUCACCCAGGCUAGUUUGCAGAUGCAGGAAAGUGUAUUGUAAUUUUAAGGUUUUCUUGUAUCGUUAUCUUUUAAUAAAUUUAUAUUGUAUUUUUUAUAUCA